AGUAUAAUAGAGAAAGAGAUAUAAUAGAGAUGGAGAGUGAAGGAAAAGCGAUGUUUGUUUUGGCAGUGGGGAUUGCUAUGCUGUUUGGGAGUGUUUCUGCGCAGAGUGUCUCCUCCAUCAUAAGCAAGGAUUUCUUUGACGCCAUUCUCAGCGUUGCGGACAGCUCCUGUGCUGGAAAGAACUUCUACACCUACGAUGGAUUCAUCCAGGCCGCCAACGCCUACUCUGGCUUCGGUACAACCGGAACUUCUGACGACGCUAAAAGAGAGCUCGCUGCCUUUUUCGCCCAUGUCACCCACGAGACUGGAUCUUUCUGUUACAUUGAAGAAAUCAAUGGCGCAACGAGAGAUUACUGCGAUGAAACCAACACCGAGUAUCCAUGUGUUGCAGGCAAAGGCUAUUUCGGCCGGGGACCCAUCCAGCUAUCCUGGAACUUCAACUACGGUCCAGCAGGAAAGGACAUUGGGUUCGACGGAUUGAAUGAGCCGGAAAAGGUAGCGCAAGAUGCGGCCAUUUCGUUCAAGACAUCAGUGUGGUAUUGGAUGAAACAGAGCAACUGUCAUACCGCGAUCACCUCUGGACAGGGAUUCGGAGCCACAAUCCAAGCUGUGAACGGCGCCAUCGAAUGUAACGGUGGUAAUCCAGACGCCGUCAAUGCGCGUAUAAAUUACUACAAAAAUUACUGCGAAAAGUUGGGAGUAGAUCCAGGCUCCAACCUCUCCUGCUAACUUUACCUCACCUCACUUCAUAUCUCUCCAAUUACAACAGGAAAAUAUGACCGCAAACCAACAUUCUGCCCUACUGUCAUCUAUAUUUAUAUCCAUUUAUUUAAUAAAAUAAAUUUUCCAAGUGAGUCAAA